AGACACCACAAUCUCUUCCGGACCUUCGGUGCGAUGGAUUCUUCUCACUACGAGAUGAUGAACAACCAGAUGAACAUGGCGAACAUGGCCAAUAUGGCGAACAUGGGCAACAUGGCGAACAUGGGCGGCCAGAUGGGCGGCCAGAUGGGCGGCCAGAUGGGCGGCCAGAUGGGCGGCUCUAUGGGCCAGAUGGGCCAAAUGGGCAUGGCCAACAUGGGCAUGCCCAUGUCUGGCCCGGCCGGUGGUAGCCCCGGGGGGCCCGGUCAGAGCGGCAACCCGGCGGGAGCAAGUCCCGGCCAGAUGUGCAUGGAAGGCAUGCAGGGCAUGCCCUACAUGGGCAUGCAGCAAAUGCAAGGAAUGCACGGCAUGCAAGGCAUGCAAGGCAUGCACGGCAUGGGCAUGCAUGGCAUGCAGAUGGCGCCGGAUGGCACUAUGGUCAUGCCCUAUGUCGAUGGCCAGGGUCACAUGAUGUUCGGCCAUCCAGGCUGCGGCGGACAGUGCCAGGGUUGUCCUCAAGGCUGCGGUUGCCAAGGCUGCGGCUGUCCGGGCGGCUGUGCGGGCGCUCCCUGUCCCGGGCCAACAAGCACCACCAACGUGCCCGGGGGGUGUCCCAGUGGCUGCCCCGCGGGCGCCGGGUGUCCGGGAGGUCAACCCGGGGUGCCCAACCCCUGUGCGGCUGGCUGUGGCGCGGGCGGGAACUGUGGCUAUGUCUUGCACCCGGCCAUGCAGCAGAUGAUGAUGCCCCAGAUGAUGGGCCAAACCGGCAUGGCCCAAGCGGGGCAAACCCAGCCCAACAUGCAGUUCGUGAUGAUGCCCGGUGGUCAGAUGCCCAACCAACCCGGCCAGAUGCCCAUGGGCCAGAUGGAUGGACAACGUCCAGGCGCCAGCGAGCCCGAGGCCAAGGACGCCAACGCGUCCCGGGUGGCCGCAGGGCUGGGCCGCAACACGCAGCCCAAGCAGGGCGCCUUCCGGACCCGGCCCGAGCGAGGCGGCAGCCCGCCGGGCGAGGCGCUCGGAGCGGAGCAGCCGGAGGAGCCGGGACAGGGCGCCAAGCUGCGGCACCCCAAGAACCCUUGGGCGGACAUCCAGGACGUGGGCGUGGAUCAGGAGAUGCAGCAGAUGUGGGCCAUCCAGACCCCGAAGCCCAAGGGAAAGGGAAAGAAGGAGGGCAAGGAUGGCGGGAAGGAGGAUGGGAAGAGCAAGGACGGAGGUGCCAAGUGGGUGGAGAAGAAGGGGUCUUCGAAGGGCGAGAGGCGGACGGACCAGUGGCAGCCCAAGGACCCCCAGUUGCAGAUGGCGCAGAUGCAGAUGCAGAGCGGGAAUGCCAAGGGCAAGGGCGCCAUGGCCAUGGGAAACAUGGCCUACGACUAUGCGGCUCAAGCCACCUAUGUGCCACAAGGGAACGGCGGCAAGAAGAAGGGAGGGAACCGGGAUCCCAAGAUGGACGACUGGCUGAGCGCGCGCUUCAACGGCCAGGUGCCCUCCACGCCUACGGGCUCUGUGGGCUUCGAAGAGUGGCAGGAGGAUUAUGAGGAGGACAGGAAGCGGAAAGGCAAGGGCGGCAAGAGCCAGAAAGGAGGCAAGGGCGCCAAGGGCAAGUCCAAAGGCGCGAAAGGAGGAAACUAUUGGCGGAGCAGCUGAAAAUGAAUUUUUAAUCUCCGCUUCCUCUGCUAGGUCCCCCAGUAGUGCCCUUUUCUCCCCUUGUUUGGGGGAGGGUUCCCCGAC